AUGCACAGGCCGAGCCUGACCGAGGACGUGGUGCUCGGCGGCAAGGUGACGUGGGUCGGGCGCUCGUCGAUGGAGAUCCAGAUGCGGGCGGAGGUGGCUGGAAGCGGCCAGCCCAUCCUGGAGUCGCUGUUCACGUUUGUCGCCAGGGACGUGGGCACCGGCCGCGCGGCCCAGAUCCCGCAGCUGGAGGUCUCCGGGCCCGAGCAGCAGAGACUCUUCGACCUGGGGGCCAAGCGCGACGCGCAGCGGAAGCAGCUGCGGAAGCAGGCGCAGGCGUCGGCUGUCGGCAGCCGCCUGGACGCCGAG